CACAACGUGUGGGUAGGUAGAACAGAGGUUUGAAAAACUGGGAGCAAAGCUGUUCCUGCCUGUCCUGGAGUCAAGAGAACGUUUUGGCUCACCACCAACAGCAAAACUCAAGGAAUAUCCUUGGAGGAGGCUUGGGGGCGCCGCCAUGAUGCCCCAGCUCCCGACCUGGCUCCGCACCGGGCUGUGCGCUGGCCAAGGAAGCAGGGGGACUGACGGUGAGUGUUCCUUCAGUUCUUCAGUUCCUCCCUCCCCUUUGCUCCAAAUUCCCCACAUCCCUUCUCUUUCCUUCAAGGGGUUUCCUGACAGCAGGCAAGGGCACCAAAUCCUGUCCCCAGUCUGCUUCCUUCCAGAGCCCCUUCCCAAGCCCACCCUCAGGGCCUGGCCCAGCUGGGUGGUACCUCCCAGAAGCAAUGUAAGGCUGCAAUGCCGAACUCCGACCAAGAAUGUCAACUUUGCUCUCAGAAAGGGAAAUAUUCUUUUGGAUUUUUCACGAUCACCGGCUUCCAAGAAGGGCCUGGCUGAAUUUCACUUCACUGGCCUAAGAACCAGCCAUGCUGGAGACUACACCUGUGAGUGCUACAGACCAGGGGCCCCGGACAUAAGAUCACCGCCCAGUGAGGUCAUCCUGCUGCUGGUGACAGGAGGUCUCCCUAAACCUUCCCUGCAAGCCCACCAAAGGGGUGUGGUGACCGCAGGAGACGACGUGACCCUGCAGUGCCAGAGGCCAGACAAUAUUUUCGGGCCCAUGAGGUUCGCCCUGCUGAAGGCGGGAGUGGCAGAGCCCAUCAGGCUCCGGACCCCAGCCGGCAAGGAGGCGGACUUCUCCCUGCAGACUGUGACAGUCGGUGACGCCGGGAACUACAGCUGUGUCUACUUCCAGACCGGGACUCCUUUCUGGGCCUCACAGCCUAGCGAUCGUCUUGAGAUCUGGGUGAGAGGUGAGGUUUUUACCAUUGGGAGGACCCCAGCUGGAUUACCUGCCCGCUCAGGUGCUGCCACAGUCUGCCUCCACAAGAUUCUGCAGCUUGGAGCAGUCAUUUGGGAAGGACCGAGGGAGGGCCAGGAUUCCGUGGAAUAG